CCUGUCUUUGAAAAGCGGCGCGGCGGAUUCAAGAUGGCGGAGCUGGAACAGCUUCUUGAUGAGAGCUCUUCAGCUAAGGCUCUUGUGAGUCUCAAAGAAGGAAGUUUGGGAAAUACUUGGAAUGAAAAACACAGUGUACCAAAAUCACAGAAUACAAAGGGGAGAAAUGCCUUUUCUUCCUUGGAAACGCCAACGAGAAGCUCCAAGAAGAGCCGUCUGUUCUGUGAAGAGGAUGACAGGCAGCUCUGUUCCAGGUCUCCUAGAAGAAGCCAGAGAGUGACAACUGUGCCCCAGAAAUUUGCAAGUGUUCCAACACCAGACAAGAAAGCUUCACAGAAGAUUGGAUUGCGCUUGCGAAAUCUCCUGAAACUACCCAAAGCACACAAGUGGUGUAUUUAUGAGUGGUUUUAUUCAAAUAUUGACAGGCCAUUAUUUGAAGGAGAUAACGACUUCUGUCUCUGUCUGAAGGAAUCUUUUCCAAACUUAAAAACCAGAAAGCUAACCCGGGUAGAAUGGGCAACAAUAAGGAGACUAAUGGGAAAGCCUCGACGAUGUUCGUCAGCAUUCUUUGCAGAGGAGCGAUCAGCACUGAAACAGAAAAGGCAGAAGAUGAGGUUGCUGCAGCAGAGGAAGCUCACUGAUGUGUCAAACUGCAAGGAUCUGCCAGAUGAAAUUCCCCUGCCUUUAGUCAUUGGAACAAAAGUUACUGCUCGCCUUAGAGGAGUCCACGACGGCUUGUUCACAGGGCAGAUUGAUGCAGUAGACACGAGUGCAGCCACCUACAGAGUGACUUUUGACAGAAAUGGCUUAGGAACUCACACUGUUCCUGACUAUGAAGUCCUGAGUAAUGAACCCCAUGAAACGAUGCCAAUCUCGGCUUUCGCACAGAAACAGCGGCCAUCCCGGUUCCAGGGUUUCAUAACCCCACCACGUGUGCCUUAUCCCCCUUCAAGCCAGCUAACCAUGAUGGAUAGUGAUCCACUGUUGGGUCAGUCACCAUGGAAGAGUAAACUGUUGGGUACAGAAGCUGAUACACUGGGUGGCUUCCCUAUCAAGUUCCUUGUGCAAGUCACCAGAUUAUCAAAAAUUUUAAUGAUUAAGAAGGAGCAUAUUAAACAACUGAAGGAAAUGAACACAGAGGCUGAAAAGCUGAAAUCUUACUCAAUGCCUAUAGGGUUUGAGUUCCAGAAGAGGUAUGCCACGAUUGUGCUUGACCUGGAGCAACUCAAUAAGGAUCUGAACAAAGUCCUACAUGAAGUGCAACAGUAUUGUUACGAGCUAGCCCCAGAGCAGGGAAUGCAACCAGCUGACAGGCCCACAGACUUGCGGCGGCGCUGUGAAGAUGAGGCACAGGAGAUUGUUCGAAAGGCCAACACACUCCGUGGUGGUCAGCGCUGUAUCCGCAGCGAGAACCUAACUGACCUCAUCUCAGGCCUUACUGCAUUGCUGCUGCAGAUAAAGUGUUUGGCAGAGGGAACUGACUUGAAUUCAUUUGAAUUCAAGUCAUUAACAGAUUCUUUAAAUGACAUUAAGAACUCAAUAGACAAUUCCAACCUAAGCUGUUUCCAGAACAACGUAGAGAUUCAUGUAGCGCAUAUUCAGAGUGGUCUGAGUCAAAUGGGAAAUCUCCAUGCUUUUGCUGCCAACAACACAAAUCGAGUGUGAAAUUUCUGUUCCAUGCAGUAUUGUACAGUAGAAUUUCUAUAAAAUUUCUCAGUCAUUUAAAAAUUAUCCAAGUACUUUAAUUGAUCAUUAGAGCAGUCAUAUAUGGGGUCUGUCACAUCAGAUGUCUCUCUUGGCUGAAUUUUUUUGUAAUAUUAAGGUGUCCUAGUAUUGGGGUUUUUGUGGAAUGUCUGGUGCCUUUUUGAAUUGGUCAAAGUUUUUUUUUAUUAUUUUUAUUUUCUCAAGAAGAAAUAAAUUUGUGUCAUUGAUGAGUAUAGAUGGCAAAAUUCAGGCUUGUCACAUCGCUAUGAGUUUUUUGGUUGUAACAUAUUUAUUUCAUAUUCAGUACAUUGUACAAUAAAAUAUAUUUUAAAAAUGCAUUGAUAACAUUUUUAUAUUAAAGAGCUGAAUUUAGACUGAAGUAUAUUUAUAAGAGCACAGGUGUAAUUGGCUAAUGCCUUAGACCUGUAGUUGCCCCACACUUCCUGGCACACAACAAGGCAUUUGGGCUUUUGCAUGAGCCGUUCCCAUGUUGCAUAUUGUCAGAUGUUGUCACCACAUUUUGCCUAAAUAGAUUGUAUAAUGUUGUAUAUUAUUGGGGCUUUCACAUUGAAUUCGAAAGACUUAAUGUUUCAUUUUCAGCAAAACAAUCAUUGGAUCAGUUAAGUUUAUUUACUUCAAUAGGGUUAUUGCUUCAUUGAUGAAGUUUGAAGUGUUCUUCUUUCUAGGAAGAGGAUUGGCAAAUAUUGCUGUAAAUAUUUUAUCCACUUGUUCUUGCCUAUAUCAGUACAAUUAACAAAAUAUCCCAUUUGUACCUUUUCCCAACAAAAAAGAUUUUUUUGGAACUUCUGCUGUCUGAAACCUAAAAUUGAUAGAACUGUACACUGCAAAUAUGGUGGGGAAUUUUUAAAGUGUUUCUUUAUGUAUUUGUGCCAAAAUUGUCCAGUGUAGUUUCUUUACAGCAUUCUUUUGUAAUAUGUAUUUGUUCAUAAUUGAAAUAUUUGUAGGGUGUCAUGGAACUGGAUAAUAUCAAUGAAAUUUCAUUGGAAACUGAGCUGUAUUUGAGUGUAUGCUAUAACCCAUUAAUAGUGUUUAUAUCCUUCUGAGACCUGUCGUAAAAGGUUCUUGGAAGUAUUUCUAUUAAGUUAUGCAAACCAGACCCAAAACCAUGUAUCAGUUAAAACCACAGAAUGUCCUUUAACAAGGUGCAUUAGGACUUGCCACUGUAGCAUGUACAGUUUUGAAGGUACACUUAAAAAUAUAGUACAAGUCAAAGGUCUGGACACGCCAACUCAAAGAAGGGUUUUUUUUUUUUUUUUUUUUUUUUUUUUAAACUAUUUUCCCACAUUUUAGAAUGAGUGAAGAUAUUAAAACUAUGAAAUAAUAUAUAAUUAUGCAGUAACUAAAAACAAACCAAAACUAUCUGAUAUUUUGGAUUCCUUUGCCUUGAUGGCAGCUUUGCAAACUCUUGGCAUUCUGUCAAGCAGCUUCCUGAGGCAGACACCUGCGAUGCUUUUCCAACAGUCUAGAAGGAAUUCCCAUAUAUGAUGAGCACUUGUUGGUUGUUUUUUCUUCUCUCUGUGGUUCAUUUCAUACAAAACCAUCACUGUUGGGCGUAGACUGGGUGACAUUUUUAAACUAUACAUUUCCGCUAAAGUUCUGAAUGAAAAUUACGGGAGGCAUUACAGUUUUUAUUUAUUUUUUUAAGAAAUUCACAGAUGGGCAUCAGCUCCAAUAUUUAUAUUUGUCUUAGAAACCAUUUUAAGCAUUUAACUACAAGCAUUUAGAUCAAAAUGUCAUUAAGAUUGUAUGUUUUUCACAAUCAGGUGUGUCCAGACUUUUGACUGGUACUGUUUAUGUCCUCUAUAGGGGCAAGUAUGAACGGAUCUUAGGAGGAUAUUCACUUUUUAUAUUCCUGUUUAAAUUAGAAUUGUAAUUUGUCAGUGGUAAUUUUCAUAUGGUAGAAAAUAUAUUAAAGAUUUUUUUUAUUUUUAAGCAAGUAGGAUUUAUUAUGAAGUGUUUGACUCUGCCC